AUGCAAGAGGAUCGAUCAAUAGAUGUUCCACAUUGGAGAAUAAGACCAUUUUUGAAAUCAAAAGAUAGAAGUGAUUUUAUCAAAGCAUUUAAGAUGUUUGCAUCAAAAACGCAAACAUCGAACAGCACUUUUUACACUGAAUUGGAACCUAAUGAACCAAUGGAUAAAGCAGUGGAUUUAAACGAAUUAAAGGAAUGCCAAGAUUCCAGCAAUUCUAAUGUAAUAGUAGAAGAAAAGAAACAGGAGGAUUAUGAAGGGCAUUCAUUCCGUAAAAUAGCUUCUUUCGGAGGUUUUCCACGAUUUCGUUCGUUUGUAAUGUCUGCAGGAAGCUCAAGAGACCAUGUUGAUAUUGAAGAAAAUGAAGACAAUUCGAUGGAAAUACCUUUCGUACGAGUAUCGCACAGUGUGUUAGAAUAUAGGAGCAGUAGAUAUUUAACCACGGAUAGAAAUUCUCGUCGAUAUGCGGUGGAAUCAUAUACGAUAAGCGAAUCCGAAAGUGAUGAAGAAUCCGAAGGUACAAAAUCAUCGGAAACAGAUUCCGCAAUAGUCGUGGAUCAUACCGACGACUCAGUUUUAGAAUUAAAGUCUGUUGAUAAUACAGUUUAUUCGGAUUACAAAACGAAAAAUGCACGUCGAGUUGCCGAAGAAUUAUUGGUUACCGAAAAGAAUUAUGUUAAUGUUUUACGAUUGAUCGAUCAAGUAUUCCAAUUCAAAAUCGAUCAAGAAAAUAGAGCACAUCCUAUGUUUCCUCCAGAAACUGUUCAACAUAUGUUCUCUAAUAUCAAAUCAAUUUAUAAGUUCCACAACGAUUUCCUGUUACCCCAACUUCAAGAGAGGAUGCAAAAUUGGGAAUCAGAUCCUAGAAUCGGAGAUAUAAUGAAAAAUUUUGCGCCUUUUCUUAAGAUGUACACAGAAUAUGUAAAAAACUUCGAUUACGCCAUGAACUUGAUACAGACGCUUCAAAUUAAAGUCGCUAGAUUUGCUGCCAUCAUCAACGAGAUUCAAAAAUUAGACGAGUGUGCCAAGUUAUCAUUGCCUCAUCACAUGUUGAGCCCUAUACAAAGAUUACCAAGAUACGAGCUUCUUCUAAAAGAUUAUCUGAAAAACCUCGCAGAAGAAAGUGCCGAUUACAAGGAUACUAAAAAGGCGUUGGAAUUAGUAUCUACUGCUGCUAAUCACACGAAUGAUGCAAUGAAGAAGAUUGACAAGUUCAAAAAGCUUCUUGAAAUACAAGAGAGUAUAUACGAUACAACGGAUCUAGUCAGUGCUACGCGGGAACUUGUAAAAGAGGGUCGUAUCGUUAAAAUUUCGGCACGAAGCGGCGAUCAUCAAGAAAGGCAUUUGUUUCUGUUUAGCGAUUUAUUAUUACUUUGUUCAAUAAGAUUGAUACCCGGACCAUUGUAUAGAUUGAGAGCUAAAUUCCUGAUCGAAAAUUUGCAAGUGAUUGAAGGUGACAAUCUAGAAACGGCAAACACAUUUUACAUCAGGGAUGAAGAUAAAAACGUUGAAUUGUAUACACAUGCGGCUGAAGAGAAAGCAGCUUGGCUUGAUGCGUUGUUUGUUACUAUGCAAGAAAUGAUGAGAAGAAAAGCAAGCCUAAAAACUGGUGAUGUUAAAACACUUGUUGUAAAGACUGAUGAUGUAUCGAGAUGUAUGAUAUGUGAGGUCAUUUUUUCCGUAAUGAAAAGAAAACACAAUUGUAGAGCUUGUGGAAUAGUUAUUUGCGGCAAAUGUUCAAAUCAGAAGCUAUUAUUCGAGGAUAAUAAAAACAUGAGAGUUUGUCGUCUUUGUUAUGCUACUUUAACGCAACCACUUGUCAAGUCACCGUCUUCAACAUCUCCGUCCGGACCUGUACAAAGUUUAUUACAAGUUUCAGCAAACGCAUCUUCCGUUAUAUCUGGAUAUCUUAUGUUAAAAACGCAACCGAGUAAACCUUGGACACGACGAUGGUUUGCGUUACAUGCAGAUUUCGUUUUGUACACUUUUAAAUCUGAAUCUGAAAAUACGGCUCUUACGGCGACUCCUAUGCCCGGUUUUAUUGUUACGGAAGGUAUUAAGUUAUCCGACGAAGAUCCAUUGAGUUUCAAAGAUAGACUUAAAGCAAUUAAAAUGCAUCAUUCUAGAAAAAGUUACUAUUUACAAGCAUUAUCGGAUGAAGAUAAACAAAAAUGGUUCCAUGCUUUGCAAUUAGCUACGAAAGCAGAAUUACCUUCGUUCGCAACAGCGGAAAAUGAAGACGCACAAAAUGACCAAUUGAUUAAUCAUACAUAAAAAAGAAUAUUCGUCGAUCUUAUUCUGAUAUAAGUCAAUCUUUUACUGCCGUUGUCAUAUAAGAUCGC